CGGAUGUGGUAAGUGACAAUCACGGACAUAUAUAUAAAUAGAAUUUUAAAAAAAAUCUUUAAUCCUUUCUUUCAUUGUCUGACGAAACGCCGGUCAAUGAGCUCAGUCCGAUAUGCAUUUACACAAUUCUAUAUUAAUUUUUUUUUUCAGGAGACAAAACUUAAUAUUUUAAAAUUCGAUUACAACUGGUGCGAUGCAGUCGAAGAGCAUGAAAGACAAAUGGAGCGAUGUGCAGAAAUUGAAAGAGAAGUAAAGUCCACUCUUUUCGGGAAAAUAAAAAAGCGACAUUACCGGCAGAAAGGAGCAUACUGUCAGAAAUGAAGAAGAGAUGUUAGACAAUCCCCUAAAAGAUAAGGAGAUUAAUAUCACGGAUCAAUGUGCAGAAAUUGAGAGAGAAAUUAAGAAACGUCUUUUUGGACAGAAAACAAACAGCGACAUCACCGACAGAGGGGAGAAUUUUGCCAGCGAAGAAGCACAGAUUUUUAAACACAAGCCCCUGAAAGAGCCCCUGCAAGAUUUGAGGGAGAAACUGGAAAUGCAUAAAUUUGAUAACCCGUGGACUGACGGUGUGGAGAAAGAAAUGAAAACAUACAAGAAAAUAAGAGCAACGGAUAGAGCAAUCAACAAAAAGACGAAGUCGAGUGUAAAGAAGGCCAUCAAAAAGGAAACUAAAGACGACUUUCGAAUUCUUAGAGAGAGCCCAGAAAAAGACAAGAGAGAAAGGCAAUCUAAAGUGCAUUAUGAAGAAGACAUCCAAAAGGAUCUUCAAACCAUCCAGACAAAAGUAUCUGAAGAAAAUCAAGAGACCCCAAAUCUUCAGCCAUUGGCUACGACAAAUGAUGAGAGAAAGUGGAUGGCAAUGAAUACAAAAUUAGAAAGUUAUAAUCUUGUACAUUUUCUACUUUCUGCCAUCUAG